AUGCCUACGCCCAAAGGCGGCUACUCAGCAGAGGAUUCUGGUGCUGGCACACCAGAGAUCGUGCUUUCGUUCCUGAUGUUUGCGCAGUUCUUUCCCCUGGCCUUGCUUCGAAAGGCCUCCGAGCCCUACAGCUUUGAGACCGAGGAAGCUGGAAAACGACAGCUGGCAAGCCUGCUUGACAUCCGCGUGGGCCAGCUGAAGUUUGCCAAUGCAAAGCAACUCAAGGCUCAUUUCCGGCAUUCCGGCCCCGAACUUGCGCUUCCACACCAGGUGAUCCUCGUCGUCCACGCAGAUCUGCGCACAUUGACAGCAAGUGCCGACAUUCUGCUCUAUCUGGGUGCCAAGCCCAAGAAAAGCCAUUGGCUCGAACCUACGAGCCUUUCAGCCGCGCUGCUGCUGACGGCAAGCCCGCUGCAUAACAACAUGGGCUUCCUGGAGCAGCUCGACCUUCGUGCGACGAACCUCCGUCAGGAACCAUUGUUGGUGCAGGCCAACUGCCCGUCCUGCGGAAACAACCAGGCUUUUUCGGGCACACCCCCCGCUGGCGCGUCUUGGCUCUGCAACAAGUGCCGAGGAGACCCAGAGCAUUGCCGCCUGGUGCGUCGCGCUGUCGCGGCCUUCCGCUCUGGGGCGGAGCGGGCAAAGACCACACUGGAGUCGAUGCU